AUGAAGAGGGUUUAUGAUAAGAAUGCUAAGUAUAGGCAUUUUGAAAUCGGUGACAAAGUGCUUUUGUUCUUGCCUUGUAGAAAGCAACCUCUCCAAGCUAGAUUUGAGGGUCCUUAUAAAGUGCUUGAAAAGGUGAAUGAUUUAAAUUAUGUGAUAAGUACCCCUGAGCGUAGGAAAAAGAAGCGCAUGGUGCACAUAAACUUAAUGAAACAUUUUGAAGAAAGGGAAUACCCAGUUUGUGUGAGUGGUUUAGGGAAAUUGUGCUUUAAAAAGGAGGAUAACUUUAUGACUGAAAAUGUUGAACAGGAAGAUAACGAUUUUGUGAUUAAGGAUGUUGAGGUAAAGUUAAAGAACAGUGACAUUUUAGGUAAUCCUUAUAGUAAGACUUCCCACCUUUCCCCUGACCAGGAAGAGGAUGUACUAAAAUUGCUUCAAGAGUUUUCAGAUCUUUUUACAGACACACCACAAGUCACAACAUUAGUCAUGCAUGAUGUGAAGUUGGUUCCAGGAGCAGUACCCAUAAAACAGAGUCCUUACAGAAUGGCUCCACUGAAAUCCCAAGUACUGAAGACUGAGAUAGAAUACCUCUUAGUUGCCGGAAUUAUUGAACCAAGUAAAAGUCAUUGGGCGUCACCCUGUGUGUUGGUGAGAAAAGCAGAUUCAUCAUGGAGAUUGUGUAUAGACUAUAGAAAAAUUAAUGCUCUAACAGUUGCAGCAGUAGAUGAGAAAAUAAGGGCUAUCCAAGAUCUUCCAGUUCCAACAAAUCGUAAAGCUGUGCAACGUUAUUUGGGAAUGACUGGAUAUUAUAGACGAUUUUGUCCAAACUUUUCUUCUAUAGCCAAACCUCUCACAGAUCUUACUAGUUCAAAAAGAAAAUUUGAUUGGACUUUAAGUUGUCAAGAGGCUUUUGAAAAGCUGAAGUUCCUUUUGUGUUCCAAGCCUAUACUUAAAGGACCUGACUUUAGCAAGCCUUUUGUACUACAGGUAGAUGCAAGUGAUGUUGCUGCUGGAGCUGUUCUAUUGCAGUUAGCAGAUGAUGAUGUGCUCCAUCCUAUAUGUUAUGCCAGUACCAAAUUUAAGAAGUAUCAGUGUGCCUAUAGCACAGUUGAAAAGGAGGCCUUAGCUUUGUUAAUGGCAUUGGACAAAUUUGAAAUUUAUUUAGGUAACACUGGAAAUGAAAUUGUAGUGUUUAGUGACCACAACCCCCUUCAGUUUGUGAACAGUAUUAAAAAUAUAAAUCAAAGACUGACUAGGUGGUUUCUGGCUUUGCAGCCAUAUAAUCUAGAUACGUGCAACUCUCAAUUCACAAUUGAAAGCUCAUUUGGCAGUGCUAUCCUUGCCUGA